CCUUCGUCUGAGCGGCGCAUCUUCUCAUCGCUCAGAAGUCAAACAGACCACGCGACACUCGACCAAUCCCUGCGUUUCUCUCAUCGUCAGAACUCCCUUGAACCGGUGUUGAGGCUACUCUCAGCUCGAGCCCUGAACUAUUAUGCACAGCCCACUCGACUCCUCUUCACAGGCUUUUCAUGUGCACUUUGA